CACAAAAUCAAAGCUAACUGUUUGUUAACAUGGUUAAACUUCCCAAUAAGUUCAUAAACCCUAAAAAAUGAUCCCAUCAUAUUUCAUGCCAUUGUUUUUCACCACAAUCCCAAACAUCUCCUUCACGGUGGUGUUGGUGAUUCUUUUCGACCGUGGCCAAUCAUGGUGACUUCACCUUCACGGUCACGAAACGUAAUGGUGGUGGUUGACCCGACACCGCAGUCGGCAGCAGCCCUCCAAUACGCUCUUUCCCAUGCAUUGGUAGAGCAAGACAAACUGAUCCUUUUCUACAUUGAAAACCCUAGUUCGUGGAAAAACGCUCUUGCCACCUUCCUUCGGAAAUCGAGUAAUUCUUCAUCCUCGGCUCCAAACUCCAUCUCCGAGGGAGCUUUCGGUACCGACGCUGAUUUUCUCGAUCAAAUGAGACGCGCUUGCGAAGUCGCUCAGCCAAAAAUCAAUAUAAAAAUCGAGAAAACCGACAUGGAUGGCAAAGAUAAAGCUAGUGUGAUUCUUUCAAAGAGCAAAGAUUUGAGAAUUGAUCUCAUUAUCAUAGGGCAAAAACGGAGUCUCUCUUCGGCAAUACUCGGAAUUAAGCGACAAAGUGGGUCAUUAAAAGGACAAAAGGCAAUAGACACAGUUGAUUAUUUGAUUGAGAACAGCCCAUGCUCAUGUGUUGCAGUCCAGAAAAAGGGUCAAAAUGGUGGCUAUGUUCUUAACUCCAAGACCCAUAAAAAUUUCUGGCUUUUGGCAUAAAUAUAUAUAUGCACUUUACUUUUCAAUCAAAAUCUACCCUUUUCUAUUUCAUCUUAUAAAAAUUUCAAUUUUAACUCCUUUUUUGUCAUGAAAAUGUUGUAACUUCAAAAUUACGUGGAAAUUGUAAAUUUUUGGUCAAUGGAAAUCAUCGGUUCUUAAUAGCAAAA